AUGGGAAAGGCAAAGAAGGAUCCUUUGAACGCGCUCUUUAGCAAACUCUGCAUAAACGCUAAUGGAAAAGCCUCGGCCGAGAAAGUCCCCGAAUUUUCAAAGGCAGUUCACUUGAUAGUCACAGAGUUGUGCCAGUUUUAUGGCCUCUCCUCAGCAAUUGAGCCUGUAAAUGACAAGGAGUCCGCCACACAUUUCUUCCUCGAACUAUCGGACUUUCUUCGGGAAUAUGGUUGUCCGUAUCCAACGUUUUCAGACCUUCCGGUUGGCGAGAGGUUCGCUUCCGUUGAGAAUAGGACACUGAUUCUCCGCUUCCUGUGCGGCGAGCUUGCAGCUGCCAGGAAGUUGGUAAAGAUUCAGCCGUCGCUGCUCUCAGGCGGUUCACCUAAUGGCGUCAUAAAUGGCGCUACCGAUACUGGUCCGUCUUCUGCCGGCAUAGAAGAUAUGGACGAUUAUCUUCGGCGGGCCUGUAUUACCCUGAAGCGGCCGAAACCGCCGGCUGACAUCGGCGCCAAGGAGCUCCUAGAAGGACUUUUUAAAUCGGUCUCGGGCGCCUUGACAAAGUGUCCCUCAGGUCAUCUGGGCAACCCACUGAUCCCACUUGAAGGCCUAUCGGAUAGUCAAUGGGUGCAAGUUAUUCGUAUGGCACGUCUGCUGCAGAACGAAUACAACAGCCGCCGAGAAACCUUCAUUAAACGCGCCGACUGCACCAUCGAAAGUUUCAAGUGGGCCGACAAGUCCAAGGUAAGACCAACCUUAAAAGUACCAUCUCUCUCUCUCUCUGUCCCCGCGAUCGAAUGUUCAAAUUACAUCUUUAGCCGUGAGCGGAGGUCCGUCUACAAUUCCGUACGCUUUUUUGCGCUACAGCUUUUGCCUAAAAGAUGA